AUGGCUACACCCACCCGCAACACGCCUCCAGCAGGAGACUGUGGGGAGAUCACAUCACGGGCCAACGUGGACUACCAGACAAUUGUGAGGGAUACCAUCAGGCAUAUCGGCUAUGACAACUCAGAUAAAGGUUUUGACUAUAAGACCUGUAACGUGCUGGUGGCUCUGGAUCAGCAGUCCCCUGACAUCGCACAGGGAGUUCACAUCGACCGGAUGGAGAGCGACAUUGGAGCAGGAGACCAGGGUCUGAUGUUUGGUUAUGCCACUGAUGAGACAGAGGAGUGCAUGCCUCUCACCAUCGUCCUCUCACGCACACAACUUCCUUUUUGGUGCAGUUUUCAUUACGUUUUUCUUUGGUUUCAGUAAUGCCUAAAGCAUUAAACUGGAUUAAAUACAUUGUGGGUUGACUCCACUUUUGUAUCCGCUAAAACCGCCUUUUGUUAUAAAGUGAAUGACCAAAUCUGAAGGUAGAAGAGCCAUACUUUACGUAGCAGUGACAUCUUACUACUACUAAUUGAUACCAUGAAAGUACACGUGUUAACGACACUGUAUUUUACAUGCUGUGAUUGACACAUGAAGUGUUAUUCAUUAUUAAUUUCCUUUUUCAAAACUUUUCAUAAUGAAAUUCAGGGAAGGGUCGUCAAGUAACGUUGAUCAAUUAGAGAGGUUCAAUAGUUAAGUUGAAUGCUUUAUGUGAAACUUCAUUCAAAUUUAUGCUGUAUUACUGUUACUGCUCUAAAACCCUGUGAACCGCUCUAAAACCUUGUGAACUCAGAUCCUUCAUAUACAGUUUGUCAAUACUGGAAAAUGUAAAUAGGCUUUGGAACAAUAAAAUAUUUUAAGAAACAUG